AUGCCCCCCUCCCUGGUGGGCCACCUGAUGCGGCCCUACGCCGAGCUCCGGGCCACCUUCCUGCUUUUCAGCGACCCCGACAAGGAGGACCGCUGGUGGCGGUCCUGGCAGCGGCGGCGCCUGGCACGCGGAGAGCUCGCCGGGGCAUCCCUGGCUCUGGCCUCCACCCUCAUCCUCGCCGUCGUGGUGCUGGGCGCCGGCGCCAUGGACCCCCCCAUGGCGAUCUUCAUCCUUGCGUCGCUGGCCCAGACGGCCGCCCACAUCGUCCUGCUGCGCCCCAGGUUCCGGGGCGCCUACGAACACAUCCGCGACCCGGCGGCGAUCGCCCUGCGGGCCUUCCUCAACCCCGCGGCCGCCGCGCUGACGCGUGUGGCCAUGACCGGCACGCUGGAGCCGGCGCCCGGCAACGUCCUGGCGUCGGCGGUGCAUUUCCUGUGGGCGUUCGGGAUCAUUGACGGCGCGAUCGACGCCCUGCGCUACCCGCUGCGGUUCCGGGACCACGCGCUGGUGCAGGGGUUGGCGGCGCUGGUGUGGUGGUGGGCGGACGGGCGCCUGUGCCCGUCAUGGCUGUGUCAGGGGGCCAGGGAUGCGGUGGUCGGGCCCAUCUGCACGGCGAUCGGCGCGCUAUCCACGGGCGUCAGCUUCGACUGCCGGGCGAUGGGCGAGGCGGCGGCCUGCCUGACGGGCGUGCUGCAGGUGCAGGUGCUGCUGGGCUGCAUGGCGACGUCGGGGGCGGUGUACGCUGCGGAGGUGGCUUCCAGGAAGGAGUUCCUGGCGUCCGGCAAGGGGGGGGGCAGCUGA